AUGCCGGCGUUCCUUACACCAAGGCAGUCGACCAAUAUUGAUCCUACCAUCCUGCAGUUUGCAUUGACGCUCGAGCAUCUUGAGAACGCAUUCUACAAGGGUGUCCUCGAAAAGUUCAGCUUGCACGACUUCGAGGAGGCUGGCUACUCGGAGACUUAUUACGACAACCUUAAGUACAUCGCCUCCGAUGAGCAAUCGCACGUCACGCUCCUCUCGGGCGCUCUCUCUGCCGCAGGCGUUACACCCGUCGUCCCUUGCCAGUACAGCUUUCCGUACACGGAUGUGCGCUCCUUCAUCACUCUGUCCUCGGUCAUUGAGGGUGUCGGAACAUCGGCCUACCUUGCGGGCGCCCCGUUGAUCACGGACAAGGGUUACCUCACCGUCGCCGGCUCCAUUCUGGUGACCGAAGCCCUGCAUACCUCGUAUCAGCGCGCUGCCAUCGGCGAGGUCCCCAUGGCAAACCCAUAUGGAACUCCUCUGGACCCCACCUCGGUGUUUACUCUGGCCGCGGGCUUCAUCACUUCCUGCCCACCGGAGAACCCGGCGUUGCCCUUCGUGCCAUUCCCCGCCUUGGCCUACAAUGCGACGGCGAGCUGCACCUGCGAGGGCCCGGAUUGUUCUCCGAGCGCGGCCAUCAAACGUCGAUCCGAGUCUUGGGCCAACUGGGGCUCCGAGUCCGAGGGAGGUGAGGGUGCUCAUGGCGCCGGUGAAGCAUCAGCUUCAUGCUCCGCAGUCUCGGGCUCGGGCUCAGGAUCGGGCUCAGGAUCAGGUUCAGGAUCGGGCUCCGGCUCCGGCUCCGGCGCAGGUUCCGGCUCAGGCUCUGGCUCAGGCUCCGGAUCUGGUACCGAGAUGGUCACCAAGACAACGGAUGCCGCCCACGAGACCUCCAACCCAACCCACACAUACACCGAAAGCACCGCGACCCCCACCCCGUCGCCGUAUGAGGACUGCGCGCCACCGGCGGCUGGAGCUUCGAUCGUGCUGACCGCCGCCGGGUCCAUUCCGGCCGGCUCGUACGUCACCUUCCUGUCCGGCCUCGACGUCGUCAGUGUCCAGGGCGAGAUCAAUGGCGACAGCAUCACCGUCACCAUCCCGGCCAUCGCCCAGGGUCAGUCGUAUGUCUUCAUCACCAGCGCCGACAACGAGAAGACCCUGGCCGCCACGUCCGUCUUGUUCGGACCUGCCAUCGUUGAAGGUAAGGCUUGA